AAUAGUUUAUAUAUCAUAGGGGGAGACCUCGAGCAUAUCUAGUGGCGACGGGUUUACUGUGUAUAUAUAUAUAUGUUAGUGGUGCAUGUGUGGUCAGUAGUGAUGUAGGAUUUGCAAUGUACUGUGGCCGUUAUGUUCAUCCGUGCAUUAUCAGCGUAGUAGAGGGGAAAAGCAGGCCUUUGAUCGCAUUGAACGUAAAUAUAUAUUCAGUUGGGAAGAGGCAAGCAGCCACUGCCACACGAUGUUGCUGUCAUAAGAAAGUAUUUCAGAAUUACAUCCCAUCCUAAUAAUCCAAUAAAACCGUACCUUCUUCGUCGUUCUAUUAAAGGUCUGGCAACUAACAAGUGUUCCGUACUCUGGCCAUAAAAGGUUCAAUAUCCCCCAUUUCUUUUAAGUAUAUCCAUCCGGCACAAAAACGGAGGUCGUGGGGUUGGAGUGUGUCCUCAUGGCCGAGUCAGAGGCUGAAUGUGACACAUCUGGCCUUGACACACUUGGGUCGGAGUGUGUCAUAGCCCACAGCCAUGUCGACCUUCACUAUGGAGCAGAAACUGAGAUCAUGACAGAAGAAAAGCGUGGAUUAGAGCUGGAGAUCCAUGGUUCAGACCUAAAGAUCCAGGGACUGGGGGCAGACCUUGGAGCUGUAGCCUGUGUUGAUGCAAUUGUAGCUGAGACAGACCAUGACUACAUUAAAGUGGAACACGGUGAGAUGCACUGUUUCACAGAAGCAGAAAUCAAGACCUCAGGUGGCCAGACUCUGCUGGGAGAGGUGCUGCUUAAGACGGAGAGUGAGCACAUGGUCAAAGUAGAGUCUGACCAUGGUGGAGAGUUGACAGUAGAGUCUGAGAAUGGAGUAAUUAUUCAUGAAGCCCAUGGUCUGCAGUGUAAUGAAUGUGGAGAGAUUUUUGGCAGCAUAGCUGACCUUCACCAACACUUUGAGAUCCAUAAGGAUCUUAAUCCUUACAUCUGUGUUCACUGUGGUGAAAGCUUUGCUGUGGAGGCCAGUUUGAAGCAGCACAUGAAGAUUCACAUGAAAGAAAAACCAUAUGUUCCUACUGGAGUUGAGAUCAUAGGAAAAGAUGUUAUUGAUGCAUUUAGUCUCAAGGGUCAUCAGAUGAUCCAUUUGCCAGACAAGCCCCACAGAUGCUCAGAGUGUGGCAAGUGCUUUGCUGCCGCCAUCACCUUAAGAGAACAUAUGAAGAUGCAUUCGGAGGACAAACCCUACAAGUGCAACCAGUGUAGGAAGAGCUUUGUUCGCAGGAGGCAUCUGAAAAAGCAUCAAGAGGUCCAUGCACGAGAAAAGCCAUACACUUGUGGUCAGUGUGGUAAAGGUUUUGCCACAACAUCCAAUCUAAAGCAGCACCAGAAGUCUCACGCUGCAGUUGUGCUUGGAGACAAACCGCACCAAUGUGCACAAUGUGGGAAAUGUUUUGCGGCUGCAGCUACACUUAGAGAGCACCAGAGGGUACACUCGGGCGAAAAGCCAUACAAAUGCAACAUGUGUAGAAAAAGCUUUGUACGCAAACGCCACCUUAAAAAGCACCAACAAGUCCAUGCUGGAGGAAAGCCCUACACCUGCAGACAUUGCAACAAGGGUUUCAAUCACUCUUCCUCUCUAUCUCGCCACCACAAGACCCACCUGCAGAACCCAGUGUUCUCACCAAGUCAGCCUGGGAACCCUAUUAUAUCCUAUGGCACUCCACCCAAGCAAAGGGUGCUCCAGCAAGGAGAGAAGCCCUACAUGUGCCACCACUGUGAUAAGGGUUUCAAUCAUUCCUCCUCCUUGUCUCGGCACCAAAGAGUCCACUCAGAGGGUAAGAGCUACACCUGCGGCCACUGUGGCAAAAGAUUCAAUCACUCCUCAUCCCUGGCCAGACAUCAGAGAGUUCACCUGGAAAACAAACAGCCACAAGCACUGCAGCUACAGCUGCAAUCGGAACAGGAGCCUCAGCAGGNACAAUCACCGCAACAGCAACCGCAGCAGUACAGCCCCAUUCCCAUCCCCACAGUUAAGGCUUUUUCCAACAACACUUUCCAAAAACAGCACAUUCUGACCGGUGAGAAACCGUAUAGGUGCUCUCAGUGUGGAAAAGGCUUCAACCAUUCAUCCUCUCUCUCCAGACAUCACAGAAUCCAUGUGGAUCAGUGAGCAUUAGUUCGUCGUAUCGUCGUAGUAUCGUCCUAUCACCACGAACCCUGUUCGACUCCUACCAUUGUUUGUAUUAGUUACAUCACACCAGGAAACAUCAGAACAGUUUCUAAAGAUCUCAUCAGCUUAGAAGCGAUGCAGUAAAGGAUAAAUGGACUGUGAUGAACGAGUCUCCAAAAGAAAAUGCUAUGGUCUGAGGAAGCCUAUAAUUGAUAGUUUCAGUGGGUCUAGAGAAGCCUCUGUUCUUGGGAUUGUGACACAUCUUCAAGUUUAUUGGUGAACACUUUUUUAAAAAAGGAAAAAAAAGAUUUCAAGAUAAUGUUAAAAAAUUGUUACUUGGGGAAACUAUGCUUCACCCUGCUGGUUUUCUUUCCUCCAUAGAAUUCCCUUCCAGUACUUUCAUCUUAGCUGCAAGGCUCAAGGCUACCAACAUGAACAGAACCAGAAUUACGUUAUAGUGGAAAUAGUUAUUUUUCACAAACAUUAUUCACAAAGCAAACAUUGAAAAUCCAGUGUAAAUACUCAAUGAUUUUCCUUUUAUAUAUAUGUAUAGGUGACUAGUGUGCUGUUCCAAACUAUGACAUUUUUGAUAGUAAGACUUGCUUGUCUCCUUUUUUUGUUCCUUUUACGAAUUUCAUUUGUUUUAAGUGAUGGAGACAAACUUGUUGCAAGUGUUUUGUCAUAGUUUGUUCCUAAAUUGGGGCUCAACCAAACAGGAGCCAUUGUGUAUAUUUAUGUCUACUAGGGGUUAACACUGCUGCAGAGACUGUACAGAGAGCAAUACUGGAUGACAUCCUGAUUCUAUUAUGGCAUGUAGUUCAGCCAUAAAAUGCAUAAUAGAAAAUAAAAACCUUCUGGGUAGCAUAUAACAACAAUGUGUCCUGAUUAUUUUCCCUUUGCGCUGGACUUCAGUGCCAAAAGGAACUAAAAUGCAACAUCACUCUUUUUUUAUAUUCAUGGAGACUUGUCAAAUACCUGUGUACAGAAUAAAAUGAAUGCUCAUUAUCUGCAGAUUGUCAAAAUUUGACCAUAAAAUAGUUUGUGUAUACUAAAAGACUACAUUAAAAACAUUUUACAACUUUCUUUUCCAAAUCCAAAUGAAUUGUGCUCUAUAUACUGUUCUGUGUAAAAUAUCUUUUACAAACUGAUGUAUUUUUUUAGAUAAGGCUUGGAUUAUAUGAAAGGGAAUGAGAGAUCUACAGUUUUUAUGGGAGUGAGCAUUAUAGUGAGCAAUAUUCAAUAUUCAUUUCUUUUUCUUUGGAUAUCAAUUGUGCUUCAAACUGUAGCAUAGCUUUCUUCCUUGUGUUAGAUAGGUGCCUUAUUGCAUGCGAUGUAGAAAUGUAUGCUAAGCUGUUCUUCGAAAAGAGAGGUUGGCGUGUUCAGGAGUCUUCUUUUGUUGCUUAUGUUCGUACUAACUUACCCGAUAUUUUAAUUUGAUGUCAUUGAAUCGUUUUGCUUUCAUGUAUAUUAUCAUGUGUUUACACUGUUACAUCACAUUGUCUUUGUCCCAGCUCAUUAUUUUUGUCAAUAGCCUCAUUGUGGAGAGGUAAGGUUGUAAAUGAUCCAUAUAGGCUUCUCUUAAGGGUGAAAGAUGUUAGACCAUUUCCCAGUUUGAGUGGCACAUUUAUGGAUAAAUAAAGGCUGUUGACUCUCA